AUGGAAAAAGUAUCUGGUUUUAGUAGAGUAGACGAGGAGAUUGAAUUACCUCCAGGAUUUCGAUUCCAUCCAACAGAUGAAGAGCUUAUAACUCAUUAUUUAUCUCCUAAGGUAAUUAACAGCAGUUUCAGUGCAAGAGCUAUUGGAGAAGUGGACUUAAACAAGGUUGAACCUUGGGAUUUGCCAAGGAGGGCAACAACAGGUGAAAAAGAGUGGUAUUUCUUCUGUACAAGGAACAGGAAGUACCCUACAGGUUUAAAGACAAAUAGAGCUACUGAGGCUGGAUAUUGGAAGGCAACAGGGAAGGAUAGAGAGAUUUUCAGCUUGAAAAUUCUUGUGGGAAUGAAAAAAACUUUGGUUUUUCACAGAGGAAGGGCUCCUAAAGGAGAAAAAACUGGUUGGGUCAUGCAUGAAUUCAGAUUAGAGGGCAAAUAUUCUACGCAUAAUCUCCCCAAAAAUGCAAAGAAUGAAUGGGUUAUUUCCAGGAUUUUCAAGAAGAGAAAUCAUGAUGCGAAUCCACAGCCGUCAGAUUUGCCUCCAUUAAUGGAUUUAUCAUCAUCUAAAAAGACUGAAAUACCCCUAGCUACGUUGAAUUUCCCUAAAGUUUCGACUCCAAAUUCAGUGCCCUUUAUCCAAAAUAUACAAGAUCACUCCAACUAUGAAGUAGGGUUGGGAUCUUACGAGGAUCAAGAAUUUCCAAUUAUUUCGGCUGAAAAUAUGGACUUUGAAUGUCUCUGGAAUUGUUAA